GGGGCGUCGCGCGGAGGGUGGGCGGAGCGCAAAAAAAAGUGGGCGGAGCCGGCAGCAGUGGUGGAAUGCGGCGGCGGCGACGCGGGCGGCGGCGGCGGCCCAGGUGCUGAUCCCUGGCUGCCCCCCCGGCGUUCCCCUCCGCUCGCAGGGUCGGAGCGGUUUCAGCUCCGUGAGGGCCCCGCAGCCAUGUCCACCUUCCGUCAGGAGAGCGUGGAGGACUUCUAUGAGAUGGGGGAAGAGCUGGGCAGCGGCCAGUUUGCCAUUGUACGAAAAUGCCGGGAGAGGAAAACGGGUCUGGAGUACGCAGCCAAAUUCAUCAAGAAGCGUCGGCUGUCGUCCAGCCGUCGGGGCGUGAGCCGGGAGGAGAUCGAGAGGGAGGUGGACAUCCUGCGGGAGAUUCAGCACCCCAACAUCAUCACGCUGCACGACAUCUUCGAGAACAAGACGGACGUAGUGCUGAUCCUGGAGCUGGUCUCGGGUGGUGAGCUCUUUGAUUUCCUGGCUGAGAAGGAGUCCCUGACGGAGGAGGAGGCCACCCAGUUCCUCAAGCAGAUCCUGGAUGGGGUGCACUACCUGCACUCCAAGCGCAUCGCCCACUUUGACUUGAAGCCGGAGAACAUCAUGCUGCUGGACAAGAAUGUACCAAACCCUCGCAUCAAACUCAUCGACUUCGGGAUCGCCCACAAGAUUGAAGCUGGGAAUGAAUUCAAGAAUAUAUUUGGGACCCCGGAGUUUGUAGCCCCAGAAAUUGUGAACUAUGAACCCCUGGGGCUGGAGGCCGACAUGUGGAGCAUCGGGGUCAUCACUUACAUCCUGCUGAGCGGAGCCUCCCCCUUCCUGGGGGAAACAAAGCAAGAGACCCUGACCAACAUAUCUGCCGUCAACUACGACUUCGAUGAGGAGUAUUUCAGCAACACCAGUGAGCUGGCCAAGGACUUCAUCCGCCGCCUGCUCGUCAAGGACCCCAAGAAGCGGAUGACCAUUGCUCAAAGCCUGGAACACCCUUGGAUUAAGGUAAUCAAGAGGAGGAACGUCCGCAAUGAAGACAGCUGCAAGAAGCCUGAGCGCCGUCGGCUGAAGACCACACGCCUGAAGGAGUACACCAUCAAGUCCCACUCCAGCAUGCCGCCAAACAACACAUACAUCAACUUUGAGCGCUUCUCCAAGGUCAUGGAGGAGGUGGCUGCAGCCGAGGAGAGCCUCCGAGAGCUGGAGAGGAACAAGAAGUCCUUCCAGGAGGACAUCGAGGCCCUGCUGUCCAUCUAUGAGGAGAAGGAGUCGUGGUACAAAGAGGAGAAUGAGAGCAUCAGCCAGGACCUCCGCCAGAUCCGGCAGGAGCUGCAGAAGACGGAGGCCCUGAAGAAGCAGGCGCAGGAGGAGACCAAGAGCGUGGUACAGGUGGCCAACGGCCUCAAGAGGCGUUACCGAAAGCUGGAGAACCACUACGAGGCAUUGGCCAAGCAGGUGGCUUCGGAAAUGAAGUUUGUCCAGGAGCUGGUGUGGUCCAUUGAGCGGGAGAAGCUGCAGAGCGGUGAGGGAGACGGCAGCAUCCGCUAGCUCAGCCGGUGCCGGGGUCGGCUGCCCUUGGGCUGAGGUUGGGUCAUCCUUCUCGAUUCCCCCCCGCUGACCCGCAGCGGCAGGCAGCGCCGAAGGGACCUCAGUGGCUCUGCCCCUUGCUUGCCCGAGGAGCCGGUCCACGGACAGCCUUCGGUAAAUGUUCCCAGGCCCUGCUGGGCUCGCGGUGGUGUGCCGGGGACUUGUGCCUCUCUGGAGACCCUCACUUCAGGGGGCUUGAGUUGUGCUCACCUGGGUUUUGGCUUUCUGCUUGUGGCUCUUGCUUGGCUUGCUGUCCACGUGUUCCCUGUGCUCCCCCUGGCUGCUCCACUCGCUGCCGCAGGGCUUGGGGACCAGUUCUCCCCGUCCCACCCAGGGCCUGGCUCUCCGAGGUGCUGCAGCGCCCUGCCUGGCGGGGGGGAGCUUGGUGGGGAGACCCCUCCUCUAAACCCUCGCAGCAGCUCAACGUCUGCCAUGCGUGAGCCAUGACCAAGGACUGAUUCCUGCGUGGUCCAACACGCCGCAGCCCCAUGGGUGACCCCGGCCGUCCCCCAUUCUCCCCGGGGGCAUUGCAUCCCCCUGUUCCCCACCCCAGCCCUCGGUCCCACCGGGCGCUCCCCCUUUUAACAAAAUAAAGGUUUCCGUGCACCGGG